AUUCCCGUCAUGUCGGCGCAAGGCGACUGCGAGUUCCUGGUGCAGCGAGCCCGGGAGCUGGUGCAGCACGACCUGUGGGCGGCCAAGUCGUGGCUGAUCACGGCCCGCAGCCUCUACCCCGCCGACUUCAACAUCCAGGUGGGGCAGGGCCAUGCCGGCGCCGGGGGUGUGGCGGUCGCGGCGCUAGCCGCGCGCUGUGCGCCGCCGCCCGGACAUCCCCGCGAGGCCGGCGCCCGGCGUCCCCCAGGCGGGUCAGGGGGCGGGGGCGGGGCGGGGGCCUGUGGCCCCGCUGCGAGGCCUGGUCCCGAGGCGGGGGCCGUUCGUUCCCUCGUUCAUCCCGACGGCGGCCGUCUGUUCCCACAUCUGAGACGCUGUUCCUCCAGCCCUGGGAGCCCCGGGGCCUUAAGUGAGCCGGGGGCCCAGAGUUCCCGGAUGUCGCGUUGCUCUCACGCCGGCCGACCGCGGGGUUGGGGCGGGGCGCGCCGCGCAGUUGUGACGGGCCUGACCUGUGUUGCAGUAUGAGAUGUACACCAUCGAGCGGAAUGCGGAGCGCACCGCCCCCGCCGGGAGGCUGCUCUACGACAUAUCAGCCUGUGGUGUGGAGAGAAAUCAGCAUUAUUACAUCAGCAUUAAGGAAUGAUUCACAGGACAAACAAACCCAGUUUUUAAGAAGUUUAUUUGAAACUCUCCCUGGUCGCGUCCAGUGUGAAAUGUUGCUGAAGGUUACAGAACAAUGCUUCAACACGUUGGAACGAUCAGAAAUGCUGCUGCUACUUUUGAGACGCUUCCCUGAGACAGUGGUGCAACAUGGGGUUGGCCUUGGGGAGGCACUAUUAGAGGCUGAAACUAUUGAAGAACAAGAAUCCCCUGUUAACUGCUUUAGAAAAUUAUUUGUUUGUGAUGUCCUUCCUCUAAUAAUUAACAACCAUGAUGUUCGAUUGCCUGCCAAUUUAUUAUAUAAAUACUUGAACAAAGCAGCUGAAUUUUAUAUCAAUUAUGUCACUAGGUCUACUCAGACAGAGAAUCAGCAUCAAGGUGCCCAAGAAACAUCUGAUUUAAUAUCACCUAGCAAACGUAGCUCUCAGAAGUAUGUAAUAGAAGGGCUGACUGAGAAAUCAUCCCAGAUUGUGGACCCUUGGGAGAGGUUGUUUAAGAUUUUGAAUGUUGUUGGCAUGAGAUGUGAAUGGCAGAUGGAUAAAGGAAGACGAAACUAUGGUGAUAUUUUGCAUAGAAUGAAGGAUCUCUGCAGAUACAUGAAUAACUUCGAUAAUGAAGCUCAUGCAAAAUAUAAAAACCAAGUGGUUUAUUCCACUAUGUUGGUCUUCUUUAAGAAUGCAUUCCAGUAUGUCAACAGCAUACAGCCAUCUCUAUUCCAAGGUGCGAAUGCCCCAAGCCAUGUUCCACUCAUUCUUCUUGAGGAUGUGUCAAAUGUGUACGGUGAUGCAGAAAUCGAUCGUAGUAAACACGUACAUAAAAAGAGGAAGCUAGCUGAGGGAAGAGAAAAAACCAUGCAGAGUUCAGAUGAUGAAGACUGUUCAGCCAAAGGAAGAAACAGGCAUGUGGCAGUCAACAAAGCCGACCUUGCGAACUCCAUCGAAGUGCUGGAGAGCUUUAAGUGGGCCCGGGAGAGCUGGGAGCUGCUCUGCUCCCAAGAAUUCCUUGACAAGGAAUUUACAAGAAUUUGUUUGGCAUGGAAGACGGACACCUGGCUUUGGCUAAGAAUCUUCCUCACUGAUGUGAUCAUCUAUCAGGGUCAGUAUAAAAAGGCAGUAGCCAGCCUGCACCAUCUAGCAGCUCUCCAGGGAUCACUGCCGCAACCGCAGAUCACAGGGCAGGGGACCUUGGAGCACCAGAGGGCACUCAUCCAGCUGGCAACGUGCCACUUUGCCCUGGGGGAGUACAGGGUGACAUGUGAAAAAGUCCUUGAUUUGAUGUGCUACAUGGUUCUCCCCAUCCAAGAUGGAGGCAAAUCCCAGGAAGAACCUUCAAAAAUAAAGCCCAAAUUUAGGAAAGGUUCGGAUCUGAAGCUCCUGCCCUGUACCAGCAAGGCUAUCAUGCCGUACUGCCUGCAUUUAAUGUUAGCUUGUUUUAAGCUCAGAGCCUUCACAGACAGCAGGGACGACAUGGCCCUGGGACACGUGAUUGUUUUGCUUCAGCAAGAGUGGCCGCGGGGAGAGAACCUUUUUCUGAAAGCUGUCAAUAAGAUUUGCCAACAAGGAAAUUUCCAGUAUGAAAAUUUUUUCAAUUAUGUUACAAACAUCGAUAUGCUGGAGGAAUUUGCCUACUUAAGAACUCAGGAAGGUGGGAAGAUUCACCUGGAAUUACUGCCCAAUCAAGGCAUGCUGAUCAAGCCUUCUAGCCCUGCCAUGGGGCUACCGCGGCAGGAAUUCUUGCCUGUGCUUCAGCCCAGCGUGCAGACUGCUGACAGAUUUGAGGCAGGCCUCACUCCCACCGCAGAAGCACGGACGGAGCUGACCGCGGUGUCCGUGUGUUUCCCUGUCGCCGCCCUCAGGCACCACACGGUCACACGGGGCAUCACCAAGGGCGUGAAGGAGGACUUCCGCCUGGCCAUGGAGCGCCAGGUGUCCCGCUGUGGGGAGAGCCUGGCGACAGUGCUGCACAGAUUCUGCACCAAUGAGAAGGUCCUGCUCCUGCAGACGCUGGCCUGAGCGGCGGCCCGUGAAGCAGCUAUGGGGUGGGUGCCUGAGAGUCGGGGAAGCUAUUUCUAUUUUUGAGUCACUUUUUUGUAAUUUGUGUAAAACAAAAUCUGUUUUGUAAAUAAAAAUCAACCUUAA